AUGGCCACCCAGUGGAUCGACUGGUCCAAGACCACCCGCUCCAAGAACUACCGCGGCUCCAACUCCUUUGCCACGUUCAUGAUCAUUGGCCCCGUCUGCUUCUUCCUCGGCAUCCUGUUUGCCUUCUUCCCCUACGACUUCCCCCUGCUCUGGACGUCGGCCCCCGUCCCGCCCGCCUACUACGACCAGCUCGAGAUCCACCUCAAGUUCAUCCACCAGAGCCCGCCCUUUAUCGCGCGCCUCCUGUCCAUGGUCAUUUCCGUCGGCUUCUUUGGCUUCUUCAUCAAGCUCUUCCGCCCCUCCGAGGCCAACGUCCUCUUUGACGGCGCCUCCCUCGUCCUCUACCUCAUCGGCACCGGCAUCUACAUCUCCAACAUCGUCCAGGGCCUGCGCACCGUCUCCGCCGACAUCUGGGACGACCCGGCCGCCUUUGCCCACUCGGGCCCCCUCUCCGGCGACGUCGUCCUCGGCCGCGAGGACUCCCUCAAGGUCCUCUCCGCCUCCAACACCAUCCUGGCCGUCGUCCUCGUCGGCGUCCUCAUCCUGCAGGCCGGCCAGUGGUACGCCGAGCGCCGCGAGGCCGACGACUACGAGGAGCAGGACCGCAAGGACGCCGAGGACGCCGCCGCCGCCGCUGCCGCCGCCGCCCCGAACAGCCCGACCUCGGCGAGCACCAAGAAGAAGCAGUAG